AUGCAUCCCAGUCUCUUCGGCCACAGAGUUACCAGAAGGCGCCUAGGCAACCUGCAGAAUAGAGUAAUUCAUUGUUUCUUUGCUGCAAGGAACAUAUUGCCAGUGACAAACUCUAAUGAAAUUGGUCAAAUCAGGUGUUUACCGUGGGGCCCUUUCUCUCUUUUCCUUCCUUACCAAAGUCACCAGGACGGCAAAAACGGCCAUUGGUUUCUCUGGUUUGGGUUUCCCCGUGAGGUAGGUAUUCUGACCAACCCUUGGCCCCUGGCCCCUGGUCUGCUGGUCCCGCAUGUCACCUCGCACGAUGUCAUGCCAGCCCGGCACUCAGGUCGUAGAACCGGCCGGCCAUCAACUCGCUCUUUUCGGGUGCUUUGUGCUACUACCAAGACGGCGACGCGUCAGAAUCUCCGAGGGGGCACCGGGGGCAAAGCAGGACUGAUGGGAAGGAAAAGUGCCGACGCCACAGGGCAGAUAGAUGAUGGGCAAGUCGAGGCAGUUCGAUACAAUCCGAUGGUUGUCUCAGCACAGCCAGCCGGCUCAACGCGUUCUUGGUUGGGCUCAAGCCACCUGCCAUCCAAUCAAAACGCACAGAUGCCCGUAUUUCCCAAGGUCGACGGGCAAUCGAGAGUCAGGACACGAGCUAGAGAGCUGAAGCAAGAGUCAAUUGGAUGUCACCUCAAUGACCGGCGCCACAAAUCAGUUCACUCGCCCAGCUCGAGAAUGAUCACGCUGAUUCCCCGUCUCUUCUGCCCCUGCCAACCCUUUUCCACCCGGAGCCAACUUGCCAUUGACCAAAGAGAUCAUGGUUGCAUGUUCCUGGCCAGAACCCGGUCCCUCGACGGCCCCAAGGUUCACACCCCCUUGCUCGCCAGUCAAGGUCGCGUCGCCCCAGCAGAAAAGCGAAAAGCUAACGCCUCCCCAAGCGGAGCUAACGUAACCCUCCACCCUCCACCAGUCCACCCCAAUGGAUAUUGGAGACGCCGCCGUCGCGCGCGCCCGCCGCUGCGCGGUGCGGAUAUUUGGGAUAAGCUUUUUGCGAGCAGAGGGCAGAAGGGGAAAAGCUUCAGAGUCAGGGCCAGGGGUCCCUCUCACUCGCUCGCUCCUGUCUCUGUCUCCCCCGAAGGAACGUGGUGGCUUGCCGGCGUGCGUUGGACUCAUAUUUAUGGCCCAUCCCGUCUUCUCGGGUCGACGUUGAUUGCCUCUUCUUGA